AUGAGCAUUGACGAUACGAUGUCGCCUCUCUUGUUGAGGAAAUACAAGCAGAAGUACCUCGAGGCGAAAUUAAUGGCUUACAGACGGAGCAUCACAGCUAGAGCGAAGCUCUUCUAUCAGCAGCAGCAGCAGCAUCGAGUCGCGCCUCCGUUUUCGCACAUACAUCGUGAUGAUGGCGAUCGAGAUGAUUUUCGCACAGAUCCCGUUCCCAGGAGCCCGGUAACCAGUAAUUGUUUCCAGCACCGGCUUUUUGGGAACACGAGUGUUUUCAGCACUUUUGGCGGGCCGAGAAAUGGUUUUCAGGGCAGUAGAUUUGCGGUUCCAGCUGGCUGUGGGUUGAUUCUGGGUAGGAAUUUCUCUACCGGUAGUGUUGGAGAAGGGGCGGCCGAUAAGAUUGAGAUUUUGAACGACAUGGCGGGGGCUUUGGGGGAGAAGGCUGCGGAGGUGGCGCCGAUGGUGAAUGAGGUGGCAGUUGCAGCGGCAGAUUCGUUCUUCCCAGUGGCGGCCCUUCAGCACAUGAUUAACUACAUUCACAUCUAUACAGGAUUGAAUUGGUGGGCAUCAAUUGCUGUGGCAACUCUUUUGAUUCGUUCACUUCAGCUUCCUCUUAUCGUGAAUCAGCUGAAAUCAACUACCAAGUUUUCCCUUCUAAGACCAAAGUUGGAGGCAAUCAAAGAAGAAAUGCAAGAUAGGGACAUGAGCCCCAGUGCUGUUGCUGAAGGUCAGGCAAGAAUGAAAGAAUUGUUCAAAGAAUAUGGUGUUACCCCAUUUACCCCUUUAAAAGGACUUCUAAUUUCAGCUCCCAUUUUUGCAAGUUUCUUCUUUGCUGUUAAUAACAUGGCAGAGAAGGUUCCAUCUUUCAAAGAGGGAGGAUUAUUUUGGUUUACUGAUUUGGCAACUCCUGAUAGCAUGUAUAUUUUUCCAGUUCUGACGGCAUUGACAUUUUGGAUUACGGUGGAGUGCAAUGCUCAAGAAGGUUUAGAAGGCAACCCUACUGCCGGUACCAUUAAAAACGUCUCUAGGGUCUUUGCAGCACUGACAAUACCUCUCACAGCUAGUUUUCCCAAGGCUAUAUUCUGUUAUUGGAUCACCUCCAACCUUUUUUCACUUGCAUAUGGAUUAGUGAUAAAGAGACCCGCUGUUAAGAAGAAGUUGGGAAUACCAAGCAUACCCGUGCCACCACCUCCACCACCUUCAACUAAUCAAAAACCUAGCUUCUCGUUUUUCGAAGCACUAAAGAAGUUUGCAGCAGCACAACAACAACAAUCUCUAUCAUCAUCUGCCGAACAAUCAUCAAAACCUACGAAUGGAAGAAUACCCUCAUCAUCCGACCUUAAUCAACGGAUUAAGAGCUUGGAGAAGCAAGUCAAGGGAAGAAAGAAAGGGAAGAGAAGGUGA